AUGGCAUUCUUAAAAUCAUUGUCACCAAAGCAAUGGGGAAAGGACAAGGACAAGGAUAACAAGGACAAGGAGAAAGAGAAGGAGAAGGAGAAGGACAAGUCAUCAAAGACCCAUCAUCACUUAUUCCAUCAUCAUCAACAACAACAACCUUCGGCAACAACAACAACAACAACCACAACAACAGCUCAACAACUUGAUCAACUCAAGAUAUCUUCACCAAACCAUAACAACUCUGCAACAGAUGGUUCACCUCAAUCACCAAACAUACUUAUAACAUCAGCGACGAGUGCAUCAGGACUGACAUAUCAUCUGGACACGAUGGGCAGCUCAAACGAUGGCUCACUCACAAGCUUGGUCACAUCGAUUGGCUCAAAUCACUCAUCCUCCUCCAGCAUGCUGUCAAGAUCAUCCGAUGCGCCAUUCAAUCAACUGCCACACACUGUCAUUCUAAAGAUAUUGAACAUGCUGGUGCAGAGCAGGAUGGAUGGAGAGAAGUCUGAGAUCAAGCUCGAGAUCCACUCGCCCGCACAUCAACUACAGCAACAGCAACAGCACGCGAGGUUGGCGGAGGGUCUGACCACGUCAGGCGGCUCAAACCUCGCCUCAUCGACACAGAGCGGCACCAACACAGUGUCCAAGAUCAAUCCGAACCAAGACCUUCAGACCCUGUCACUCGUGUGCAAGUAUUGGGCCAGAGAGAUCACGCCUCAGGUGUUCCAUCACUUUGUUGUCAAGUCACCAAAGCACAUGCGAUCAUUCAUUCGACUGGUGAGCAAGGGCAUCCUUGAGGGUGGCCGCAAGUUCAACUUCUUCUACGUGGCCAUGAUCUUGGACAAGUCAUCGUCAUUCCAAAAGUUCAUCAAUAUACUCAAGCACACGAUGACUGACCGUCUACCCGAGAAGUUCUACAAGGCCACAUCAAAGCCGAUCAUCUCCAACAUCCCCAACACACUCUUUGUCUCAUUCUUUGACAAUUGCAAGUCGAUGGAGUACUUUAGGUUCUACCAAAAGUGGGUGUCGCCCGAGAACUUUGAAGCCAUUGGCGAAGCAUUGCGCACCAAUCACUCAAUCACACAUCUUUCCUUCCGCAACAACAACCUCGAGGAUGAUCAUGCCGUCGGCAUCAUCCAGGCGCUAUACGAGAACAACACCAUCCAGAUCCUGGACUUCCGUCUCAACAGGCUCUCCAAUCUAUCGGCCAUCGGACUGGCAGGCGCGCUGCUCAAGAACCGCACGUUGACAUGUUUGGAUCUCUACUACAACAACAUUGGGCCAGAAGGUGGCGUUGCUCUGUCUAACGCGCUAAAGACCAACAAGACAUUAAAGAAGCUGUACUUGGGCUGGAACAACAUCAAUGGACAGACUGCCUCCAACCUUUCUGUUGCCCUCGCCGUCAACCAAGCGAUCGAAUGUUUAUACCUCGACAGAAUCGACGAUCCAUCCGGUGCACAGCUAGCAGAGUCACUCAAGAACAAUCACUCGCUCACAGAGUUGAACCUGUCCGACUGCCAUCUGAAGCAGCUCACGGCCAAAGCAUUGGGAGAAUCACUUGGCGUCAACAAGACGUUGAUGGACAUCAACUUCAAGACCAACCAGUUGGGCGUAGACAUCAAGGAUAUUGCCACGGUGUUGGGUAACGCCAACCACACACUCACCCGUAUCAAUCUCUCGGACAACAGGAUCAACGAUGAGUCUGGUACACUCCUGGCAACAGCCCUGCUCACCAACACUACCAUCGUGUCACUCUCAUUGUCAUUGAAUCAACUUGGCAACACAUUCGCUGAGGAGAUGGGCAAGGCCCUGCAAGUGAACAAAACACUAAAGAUGCUCGAUAUAUCAAACAAUCAGAUGGAGUUCAAGGGAGCCCAGUACAUCGCAUUCGCAUUGGAGGCAAACAGCACGCUCAAGUAUCUUAAUAUGUGUCAGAACAGUCUGUCGCCCAAGAUUGGACAAUUGUUGGCUACAUCACUUACUUCAAACAAGUGGCUGUUGCAUCUGGAGUUGGCAUACUGUGGCAUUGGUGACGAGGGGGCUGUAGCAUUGGCCAACUCUAUCAAGUCCAAUGUAUGUCUGCGUCGACUAAACAUGAGCGAGAACAUGAUCAAGGAUGCGGGUGGACGCGCGUUUGCAGAGGCACUACGUGCCAGCAAGUAUCUACAAGUUCUGGACCUCAGCUACAACAGCUUCACCUACAAGGUUAAGGAGCUGUACGAGCAACUACAAGAAGACAAGGGUUACUCAAUCCAGUUCUCAAUAUCCUCUGUGCCACUGCAAUGGAGGUACCAGACCUAA